UAUUUUUGGAUAAAGUAAAAGCUUCACAGUGCACUACAUGUGAACUUGCAUCUCUCCAAGAUCUUCAUUCUCAAAGGGAACCAUCAAGCUAAACUCUUCCCUGUUAACCCACUUAGUAGCCUGAUCUCCCCUGUGGGGGGUUCUUUAAAACAUCCGUCCUACUCCAGUUUUUUUGAGGAAAGCAAAACCCAAACCAGCAAAGUAGGUGCAGGGAAGGAAGACACCCCCCUCCCAAAGGUGAGAGGGGGGGAAGAUGGCAGCUCUCGCCAGCUCUCUCAUCAGACAGAAACGGGCAGUCAAGGACGAUCAAGCCAACCGACCGGUUGCCAACAAGCGCAAGCCCUGUCCUAAGAGCAACAAGUCCCUGUGCCAGAAACAGAUCCUGGUUCUGAUCUCCAAAGUACGACUUUGUGGGGGUAGAAAAGGUAGAAACGACAAAAGACCAGAGCCACAGUUAAAAGGCAUCGUUACCCGGCUAUACAGUCAGCAUGGAUUCUACCUACAGAUGCAGCCUGAUGGCACCGUUGGCAGCACAAAGGAUGAAAGCAGUUCAUUUUCGCAGUUCAACUUAAUUCCUGUGGGACUGCGGAUUGUGGCAAUUCAAGGGACAAAAACAGGACUGUAUCUUGCCAUGAAUAGCGAAGGAUAUCUUUAUACCUCGGAGCACUUCACUCCCGAGUGUAAGUUCAAGGAGAGUGUGUUUGAGAACUACUAUGUCACGUACUCAUCCAUGAUCUACCGCCAGACCCAGUCUGGCCGUUCUUGGUAUAUUGGUAUCAACCGUGAUGGUCAGAUCAUGAAGGGCAACCGGGUAAAGAAGACCAAGGGAGCUGCACAUUUCCUGCCUAAAGUUAUUGAGGUUGCAAUGUAUAAGGAGCCGUCGCUACACGAGCUCACCAGUGAGCCAGUGAGUCCCCCUCGGAAGACAGUGAAGACAUCAGAUUCACCAACCCUACAGAAUGGGCAGAAAGAAGCUCCCAAGGCUGAGGCCUCAUAGCACAGGAGACUGAGGGUGGGACAAAGGGCAGCAGGGACACUGCGAACACAGUUGCCCAUAAUGCACUGAGGGUGGUAGAAGAACGGCCCUCAGCGGCCACCAAAGUCCAUAAGUGUGCUGCAAGAUGCUGAGGGAAAAUGGGUCAGAAGUCCAUUAGCAGCCAAGAAGACCCAAAAGAGGAGUCCCCCCCUCACCUGAAACCACAGAAAGAAAGCCCAGGGUCUGAGCCAGAAUUACCCCAUUUUAGCCUCCUCCUCUGCCACCUGUGACUUCCUAAUACACAGGUUUCAUAGUUUUCCUGCCUGACUCAAGCUUCUUUGUCUGCCUGAAAGUUUAAUUUUCCUCACAUGCCUGCUUAAUGUUUGCUCCGUUUUUCUAAAUAUUCAUCACUCAUGCAUUUCCGCUGCUGACUCUGCAUCGUAAUCCUCACCUAUCGGCCCCCUGCUGAGCCCCAAGGUUGGUGACGGCGUGGCUCAGCCAGCUUUCCAUCAGAGUCAGCUAAAGCUCAAAGUGAGAUGAAACAGCUCAGAGAGGAAAGCAAUCUGCAGCAAGAACACUCAAUGUGAGUGUGUGAGGAAGUACGAGGAAAAAAGUUAUCUAAAAGUAGUUGAAUACAGUGAAACCUAAACAAAUGUUCUAUGUUCUUCGUGUUCUUCAUUAUGCCACAAUGAAAACUGGAAUUCACGACAGCCCAGAAGGAGGAUCUGUUUAUAAAAACAAACAUGAUUAAGGUGAUAAUGACUCUAAAAGCAUGAGAUUAAAUCAACAGAAAGUUAGUGAAAACAACCCUGUUAAUAAUGGUGAGCCUGAUGCACUUAAUCUGAUUGUGAAGAUAAACAUUUUAUGAAGUUAAUGCACAA